UUAUAUGCUCUUUGCUGACAACCGACAAGUCGGACGGUUUCAUGACAUGACGGUUCAGUUAACUCGUCAUUAAAUUACAUUCGAUUAAUUUUGUGUAUUGUAUUGUAAAGUGUAUACCGUUUUAGUAACUGUACAAUAUUUACGUAGUUUUUGAUUUUACACAGUGCAACUACAGAACUGACCUUAAGAUGUCACAUCAAACGGGUAUUCAAGCCAAUGAAGACCUGAAAAAGUAUUUCAACAAAUGUAGGGAUGGAAAAAUACGCGUGAUGAAAAUCAGUAUAGAAAAUGAACAGUUGACCCUCGCCAAGAAAGAACCAGUGAAAGGGACUUGGGAACAGGACUUUGACAAAUAUCUACCAUCCCUGAUUGUGGAAGAUAUGCCUUGUUACAUGUUAUAUAGGUUUGACUCCACAAACUCUCUGGGCCACGAGUGGUUGCUACUCAGCUGGUCCCCGGACUCUGCUGCGGUGCGGCACAAGAUGCUGUACGCCUCAACCAAGGCCACACUCAAGCAGGAGUUUGGUUCUGCGCAUAUAAAGGAUGAAAUGCAUGCUACUACCAAGGACGAAGUAUCCCUGAAAGGCUACAAGGCGCACCUCAGCGGUAUCAGUGCGCCGGCGCCGCUGACAGAAAGGGAAGAGGCCUUGAAAGAGCUCCAGCUGACAGACCAUAGCACCAACUACAGUACUGACUCUAGGCAAUCCACGAUGGGUGGCGUUUCGUUUCCCAUCACAGAAGCCGCCGAACAGGCCAUUAUGGAUCUACAGAGGGGCUCCUACAACUACAUACAGUUUAAAAUCGAUCUAGAAGAAGAAAAGAUCCACCUAUCGAAAGCCGCCAACAUCCCUCUAGUGAGCCUGCCCGAGCAGGUGCCGAGCGACCAGGCGAGGUACCACCUCUACGUGUUCAAGCACAGCCACGAGGGAGACCACAUGGAUAGCAUAGUGUUCAUCUACUCGAUGCCCGGUUACAGCUGUUCUAUUAAAGAGAGGAUGCUGUAUUCCAGCUGUAAAGGACAGUUCCUAGAUAUCAUAGAGAAAAUUGGAGUGGUGGUAGAAAAACGAAUUGAAAUCGACGACGGCAAGGAGCUCACCUCGGAGUUCCUGUACUCGGAGCUGCACCCGGCGCGCGGCCUGCACCGGCCGGCCUUCGCCCGGCCGCGCGGCCCGCCCAACCGCGGCGCCAAGCGCAUCACCAAGGCGCAGCCCGCGCAGUAACCGCCGGGACGAGUGUGUGGGCCUUUGUUUCAGUGGACUAAAUCUAUUCAAAACAACUGUUACACUUAAGGUAUUGUGAAAAAAAACCGGCCAAGAGCAUGUCGGGCCGCGCUCAGUGUAGGGUUCCGUAGUUAUUCUUCCGUCACAAUAAGCUAAACUGGAGCUUAAAGUAUAGUAAAUUGUUAACCAAGGGAUGAAAUUGUACCUUUCACCCGAGUUAAACAAAUAGGCAAAUUUGCAUAAUCAGUACCUAAUUAAAGUACUAAGUUUUUACUAUGAAGGGGAAACUUUUUGCGAUAACUCAAAAACAGCUAAACUGAUCAUGUCCGCUAUAGUUUUCAUUUAAUGAAUUUCUUAAGCUCUACUCCCACGAUUUUUUUCAUAUUUUUUGGACCUAUGGUUCAAAAGUUAUAGGGGGGGGGGGCACAUUUUUUUUUCUUUCGGAGCGAUUAUCUCCGAAUAUAUUCACUUUAUCAAAAAAUGUUUGUUGAAGACCCCUAUUAGUUUUGAAAGACCUUUCCAACGAUACCCCACACUGUAGGGUUAAAGCAAAAAAAAAAUUCACCCCCAAUUUACGUGUAGGGGAGGUACCCUAAAAAAAAUUAAAUUUUUAUAUUUUAUUGUACGACUUUGUCGGCUUUAUUGAUUUAUAUAUCCAUGCCAAAUUUCAGCUUUCUAGCACUAACGACCACGGAGCAAAGCCUCGGACAAACAGACAGCUGUCUGUCUGUUUGUCCGAGGCUUUGCUUUCGCCAUGUCUGUCUGUUUGUCUGUCUGUCUGUACAGACAGACAAACAGGCGGACAUGGCGAAACUAUAAGGGUUGACUACGGAACCCUAAAAAGGCCGACAUGUAUUUUUUUUAGUUGCCGAGACCGUCAUGAGGCAAGAACUGUCCAGACAGAAAGUAAGAGCUUCGCUCUUUCUGCUCCACCGACCUUGUAUAAGUCGAAUAUGUGUACAUACAAUCACAUGAAUUAAACGCGACGAAAGAGCUUGUAAACGGACUUACCUGAUAGACUGUCUUCUCCACAUUGACCUUAGUAAAUUAAAAAUAAUGCUACCCACAGUAAUAUUUUUUUAAAAUAAAGGUAAAAAGAAAAACUAUUACUGAGCACUUCGACACUUUAUUAUUUAGACGAACUAGUUCAGUUCGUGAAAUGGUGGACCAUUGACCAUCAUUUCCAUUUUUCCUCUAUUUCAAAAAUUGUAUAUUUGCUAAUGUCUCUAUUGAGUACUUACAGUUCUUAAUAGAGAGAGAGAGAUUAUUAGUGACAAAAGUAAGGUACAGUGCGACAUAGAUAAAGGAGGGCGCCACUUUCUUCGUAACUGUCAUAUUUUUGACGUAAAAUGCUUAAACAUGGCUACCAUUGUGUUCCAUUUUACUUAACUUCUGUUCUUUCAUGUCGCACUGUACUGAGUAUCUCAGAACAGAACUGAACUUUUAUAGAUUUAGCUCACUGAUCACAAGGUCUGUCAAAGAUAUCUAUGCAAACAAAGUCGUAAACACGAGUGUCAAGGUCUUAGCGCUCAAUAGUAUGUCACUCAAUAUACAUGGUGAGCAAUUCUAAGAUUCGUGAUCUUGUUUUGUAUUGAACACUCUGUAUAUAAAGUGCGGCCUGUGCACUGUGCAGUAUGGCGGUCUUCUCAUAGGAUGCGGAUCUACACGCCGCUCCGGUGUGCGAACGGGACAUCGCUAUAUAUUACGUGCAUAGCGCUGUCUCACUUACAUACAGGAGCGGCGUGUGGAUCCGCAUCCUACUCGUAUGUGAUAACCGCGUAUCAAAUGUGUAUGAGAUAUUAAGUCUUAUAUUUUAUAUUUGGAGUACAAUUCUAAAAUGACCUUACAAUAAAUUUUCUUAUCUAUUGCAAAUGUCGCGUUCUCAAGAAGAGGUACCACAUUGUCGCUUACCAUAAGGGUUCUAAUCUUUAUACGAAUAACCUGUUAGAGCGUCCUUAUGGUAAGCGGCAAUGUGUUGAGAACGACACAAAUAUUGCAAUGAGCAAUGACACAAAUUACAAAUUAAUUAUUAAUUAUUUAUGACUUACAUUUUCGUAUACUUCAAGUUUCGGUACAUUUACAUACAUAUCAAUACAUAAACCUGACAUGAAAAUCCUCAUUGUUCUGUCAUUUUAAAUAUGCCUCCUAAGACUCCACGACAGUUCAUUUAGUAUAAUUCAACUAAAAUAUAAGCUAUUUUUAUAUUUGCUCAGAAUAAUUUUGUCGUAAGAACAAUUUUGUGUCGACCCACAUAAAAAGAAACCUCAUUUCAUCUGCUGCUUACGCUAUGUUUAUCGAUGUACUAUUUUUUAUAAACGUUGGACGUAAAACGACAGUUAACCUUAGGUCCCUUUUAUGCGGAGCGACACAUUUUAUAAUAUACGAAACAGCAAGACUGGCCGACCGUCUUCUGUAGUUCACUUGUUUAUAUUUCACUAUGAUACUCUCUAUGUUAAGAACAGUAUUAAUAAUACUUAUACAUAAUAAUAUGUAUUGUUAAUUUAAACUGCUAUACUAGACUUAGUAUGAACCAUAGAUAGAUAGGCAGUCUUAAGAUGCGUAAAGUAGUGCAAAAUAUUGUGACCGCAAAAUGCUAGCUAAAAUAGAGGGCGCUGUACGGUCCGCUGUCAAAAAAAGUCCAUCUAAUAAAGGCCAGUUCAGACGGGAUGAUCAAACCGACCGUUUCAUCAGAAAAAAAAUUGGUAUUAAUCUCAUCUAGCGUCCAAUUUAAUCACCAAUUUUAGAUUUAUGUUGACAUUAAAGCGCUCUUAAUUAAAAAUAAUGCCGGCGCAAACUAGCAUCACAAAUUGUUUUUCUUGCUUCCGCACCUCCAUUUUAUCGGUCAUAAUCUUACAACCGAAUAAAGUGGAAUCGGCGAGCCAAAUUGGCGUUUGCAGCCACAUCACCUGAGUUGAUCAGAUUGGCGAAAAGUUGUUCCCGUCUGGCCUGGCCUUAAGCUUACUCUGCACUGUUUUGAAGUAACAAAGUGUGAGAGUGUCAUUAUAAACGUCAUAUUUUCAUAGAAGAUGAGAUGAGAGCAUUUAUGAUGGUAUUUCAACACUGUCAAGAAGUCAUGAGUGAUCAGAAAAAAAUUCGGAACUUCUCGAAAUUUUUAUUUCCUUAAUAAAAGUUUCCUUUGUUUCCUGAAAUAUCCGAGAACUUUUUGGAAACUUUCCGCAACUUGAACCUCUGACGUAGCUAGCUAGCUACACAACAUUUUGCACUCUGUUAAUUUGUCUAUGGUGUAACUUGGCGAAUAGUCAAAUUAACCCUAAAUGUGAACCUAGCCCUCUAUAGCUGUUUUACUAAUAUUAACCUUUUAACCGGUUAGAAAUUAUCAUCGGGCGUACUCGUGCCGCCGCCGGUACGAAGUUACACGUAGUUUUGUCUUAUUCAUCAGUCUGUGGCGAAAUGAGCUGGAUAUUGUAUGUCUAAUAUCAGACUACGGCGGUUAAAAGGUUAACAAUUGUUCAUUAAAUGUCAAAAUUAUUAUUGAUUAUUUAUUUUAGGCUAAGCUGUCAUCAAUUACGUUCUUAUUUCAUGUGUUGUCAAUAUAUUAGGUAUAUUACAUACCUAUGUAAAGAGCUUGUCAUGGUAAUUCUUUAACAUAUAAAUCCCGAAAAAAUCAUGAAUCUUUCAUAUUUUAUGCAAAAAUAAUCAAUAUUAAUUAAAUGAUCAAUUAAAAUCAAAAUAUUAAUAAAAUUGAUUACAAUUAAUUCGCAAACUCGCACAAAAUAUUAUAUUUAAUACAUAUAUUGACUGAUACUUUGGUUUUUAAUAUUAUCUUCAGUUACCGCGAUGCCGAUGUUCCAUUUAAUAAAAUAAUUUAAACGGAUUAUGUCGCGUAUAAUUAAUUGUAUCCACGUCCCAACAUUUCGAACCAUUUAAAUACAUUAUACGCGAUAUAAUCCAUUUAAGUUGUUUUAUUACUUGGGUUUUUGUAUAUCUUAACAAGAAACUUGCCAAUAAUGUAAUUAAAAUCAUUACUAUUCAUUCAUAAUCAUACUCUUUAAGACCAUUAACUGUUAUUACAUAUUUAAUGCACGUUCGCUAUUUGUUAUUUAUUAAAAUAAUGAUUUUGAAACAGUUGUAUCGAUGUUUAAAUAAGGCACAUAUUUUUAUGAGCUAAGAAAAACAAAAGAGAAAAGCACAAAAUACGUAAUAUCGGGCGUAUUUUUGUACAUGACUUAAUAAAUUUUGCAUAGCGUGCAAUAUCGUUGUAAUUUUAAUAAAUGCUUUUAAAUUAGCCA